AUGAAUUUUCUGAUUUUGCUCACCACUGGUCUCCUUCUCGGUUCGUUUGUUCAUUGCUCUUCGCUUAAACAGAAUUGGAUUCAGCAAAGGCAAACCAAAUUGCGAAUGGUACCUCCUCCACCGCUCUUCCGACCUCUAACACCACUUCUUCCAACAUCUCCAGGACCACGGAAACGAGCACGGAACCUCUUCAAUCGGUCCCCGACUUGUUUAAGGUCGUCCAUGUCCUGAACAAGGUCAAGAGCAUGUUAAGUGACGGAUCUGUGAGCUACGCGAUUGUGAGUUUGACAGCAGAUACUGUAGCAACGAGGGAAAUGUGUUCAGACGUGGGACGAAUCCUUGGCAGCACAGGCGGCCGAUCGCAUCCAAAAGUGUCCCAGGCACCACGGCCGCUUCGAAAUUGCGGGAAAGUUCGAAGAGUUGAUCGCCCUGGGCGAGAGAAUCGACGUUUACCCGUCGACGCCGUUGAAUUCGCUGCCGACCUUGGCCACGAAGAUCAACGAAUCGAUCAGAAUCGAGCUGGACAUUGGCACGAGAAUCGGAUGCGCCCACUUGGACUGCUCUGGAGAAUAUGACAUUCUCUGCCGCCACAACCUCAAUCAACACGAGAAACACGUGGUUUCCGAAGAGUGCGUGUCCGACGAGAAGUUCCCGAAGCUAUGUGUCGAGCAGCCGUUCGACUACUGGCGACUGUGGACGGACGAGGCCGCGGAGUUCCGGACGAGAGUGAUUUUUGAGUGGAACGAAAGAAGAUCGGUGUUGGCGAAGGCGUUGAACUCGCCCGCAAUGUAUCAACUCGUGAGUGUUCGGAUAGAAUCUAUCGCCCGGAACAGGAAGUUUUCAGAAAUGGUCGUUCGACCUGGAGAAGGCUGCGCUCGCCGACGCGAACUCCUGUCAUUCGGACGGGAACUCAUUCGCCCAGCCGAGAGCUCUCGAGCCCAUUUCACCGCUCUACUUGCUCUCGCGUCCUCAAAAUGACUUCGGUCCGUUCGGAGAAGGCGCCUCCAGAUUGCUCUCACCCGGGACCAAAGCCAUCGGGUGCGCGCCGACGGAUCCUUCCGCGUGCCACCUCUACUCGUACAUCUGUCACUUUGAACCUUUAAUGUGAGUUUAGUUGGAGAAUGACUAUAAUACCUUUGCAUUUCAGUGAGGAUCAAAACGUGGCGCCUCCCAGUGUGAACGACAAACUAUGCGGGGACUGUCCCGGAGUGUGCAUCGACGGACUGUGCUGUGUUCCCGAGAAGCCGACUCACGUGUACACGGAGGACGUCGAACCGCUUCCUCAGAAGACGUCGACGACUCCCGGAGGCUCGUGGGUGUGGGAGCAGGAGACGUGGAAAGUGUGGGCGAUGGGCAUCUGCAUCGUCGUCUGCGUCGGACUCGCGUUCCUUCUGAUGUGCACUCUCGUCACCACUGAUUACGAUUACUAG